CAGCCUGAAUCAAGCUCUUGAUCGCUACCAAGUAUUAAAGCCCGUCUUAAGUCCAUUUGAUUCCUCUUUCCAUAGUAACUCUACUCUCUCUUAUUAUUGUGAAACCGCUGAGCAAUUCAUUGCGUGAGAAGAGACUGUUAACUACGCGUUUAGUCCCAAUCAGCAUAAGCACUAGGAUUCCUUCCGAGGCGAUUCCACGUGGCCUUGAACCACAAGCGCCCACUUCCAUCCGCGUUGCUCGUUUCAGCCUUUCACCUCGCAAUGGCACUUCCUCCCAUAGCUAAAGCAACCCUACAAGCCGCGGUAAUCAAUGCUGGGUCCAACGUGCUAGCGCAAGCAAUCGGCGCCUACAAAGAUGCGAGACCGUUUGAGCUUGACAGCCAAGCACUAUUGCAGUUCACCACGUCCGCCUUCGUCCUGUCGCCUCUGACCUUUCUCUGGCUAGAAGGACUCGAGGCUAGAUUUCCUGGCCAGAAAGUGGUACAGGCACCCAAGUCCAAGACGGAGGGCGCGGCGGCAGGGACGCAGACCAAAUUGAAUGUGAUCAACACCGUCUUGAAGAUCGUUAUUGACCAAGUCAUUGGGGGUGCCUGGAACACCGUCGCCUUCAUCGCGACGAUGGGACUCCUACGGGGUCAAGACUGGGAGACGAUCACGCAGCAGAUUCAGAUUGAUUUCUGGCCUAUCCUGGUUGCCGGAUUCAAACUUUGGCCGUUCGUGUCGGUUUUGAACUUCACAGUUGUACCAACGGACAAGCGACUGCUCGUUGGUAGUCUGUUUGGUGUCAUCUGGGCAGUGUAUCUUAGUCUCAUGUCUGGUUAGAUGCAUAGUGGGUCUGAGAUGAUCUACGCAUGUCUUGGGGUAUGCAACUUUGCGGGGCAAAUUGUGACAUCGAACAGAGUAUUUAUAGGAUAUCUUGCCAGUUAUAGAUCUGAUCGAGAACCAAGAAGAAGCCUAGGAACGUUGUUGCCGAUUCUUAGGUAUUGACGUCCGCG